AUGAAUAAAUUUAAGAAAAAUGCUCACUAAUUGAUUGUUUAAAAGGAAAUUGAUGAAACGGAGAAAUUAUAAAAGUAUUUAUCAAAUGAAUAGAGAAAAAAGAUGUGGAUGUAACUCAUUACAUCAUAAGUAAUCUAAAUAAAACUGUAGGAUCUGAAGAAGUGAAUAAUUUUAUACGUAAUGCAAGUUAAAAGUUAUCAGAUGGUUUAUUCUAUGUCUUUAAAGAUUUUCAAUACAAAUAAUAUUCUACUUCAUAAAUUUAAGAAAUUCAGAAAAAUAUCGAAAUAUUAUAUAAUUUUAGUUUAAUUCUCUAAAGAUUUCUAGAAGGUGAUGUUGAUAUUUUAUAUCAAGUAAUGGUUUUAGUGCCUAAAUUGAAUGAAAAUUAUAUGAAAACAGUAUAAAGAAUUUACAUCUUCUUUUUAGAAUAUAAAAUCUAAUUAGAUGGGUAUUUACAGAUGGAAAACUCUCUUUUUUAAGCUAAUUCAAAUUUGAAAGUUUGUUUAGAUUAUUUAUAUCUAAAAUAUCAAUUCCUUGAAUAAUUAAAAUAAGUUGAAGAAAAAAAAAAUCUAUUAGAAUUAGAAAAAUAUCAGAUGAAAGUUGAUAAGAGUAAAAUGGAAGAUACUAUAAAAAUAAAUGAAGAUACGUUAAACAGUUUAAGAGAAUUAUUUGCAUAAAAUUAAGAUGAUAUAUAAAAUUAAAUAAAAUUGAUUAAAGAUUAGCAUUUGUAAGAAAUAACAAAUAUAAGUAAUGAUAAAAUUAAGGUUGAAUAAAUAAUUAGUGAGCUUUAAGAUCAAUAUACUGAUAUACAAUAUAAUUUUACAUAAUUAUAAAACGUUAAAACUUAAUAGGCUAUGGAAUUGUCACUAGUGAGAAAUCUAUAAAAUUAAAUGUUGAUUGAAUCUUAAAAUAAAGAAUAAACCAUUAAAUCUUAAAGUGAUCAGGCAAUAAAUUAAAUUGAGAAUUUAAAGAAGGAAUUGCUUGAAUAAUAACUUAAAAAUUAGAAAAUUUCAGAAUAUUGUUAAGACUUAUAGAUUUUAAAUGAGUAAAUGAGAAGUGAAUUUAAUUAACUAUAAGUAAAAUAUACAAUAGCUGAAUAUUAAAGAAGUCAAUUAUUUGAGGAAUGUAAAAAAAAUAAAGUUGAAAUAAAGAAGAAAACUGAUGAAAUAGUUAAAUUGUAAAAUGAAAAGAAAACAACAGACCUAGUUGGAUAGGUUUCAUAGUGUAACCAUGUAUCGCUCAUUUCAUUAUAAUAAUAAUGUGAUAAAGUUGAAAACUAACUGAAAUUAUUACCUAUUAAUAAUGAACCUAAUUAUUUGGAAAAAAAUAAUUUGGACCCUGUUGUCGUACUAAUAGGCAUCACUGAUUCUGGUAAAACUACUUUAUUUAAUAAAAUUUGCAAAUCUUAGGAAUAAGUAGAUGCAGCCAAAUCAACCACAAAGUAAUAUUACUCAUGAUAAAUUGUAAUAGGUAAUCUAUUCUUGGUUAAUCAGCUUAUGGACAAGGAUUUUAAGUAAUUGAUACUCCAGGACUAGCUACAUUAUAAAAUAAAAUUUAGCAAGCCGUUGGAAUCUUGAAUGCCGUUUCAUAUCAACCUUUAAAUAAAAUAUUUUUUAUUUUAAAAUUUGAAAAACUGUAGUUGAUGGUAAACCAAUUAUUCAAAUAAAUUUUUAUAUUUCAUAGAUACCGUAAACUUUUUAUAGCUGUUAUUACUCAUUUUGAUAAAUCUCAAGAAAAACAGUAGGAUUAAUAAAAAAUAUUAUAGGAAAUGAAAAAAUAUGGGAUAGAAUAAGUUUUAUUUUUUUCAAAUUAAGACUCUGGAUAAGAAAUCUGUAAUUAAAUUCACAUAAAAUUAAUAAACACUAUAUCAAUAUAGGUAGAAAUUACUGAUGUAGAAUUUCUAAAUAAUUUUGAUUUGCUUGAGGAUCCUGAAAUGGCAGAAGAUUUGUUUAAAUUCUACGAAGAACUAUUUAGUAUUUCCUCAAUGAUCAUAAAAUGA